GCGAGACAGCCAGAGCCAGAGCCCGUGACCGAGACAGAGACACCCCCGCACCGCUUCCUGUAGCCGCGAUGACGUCUGCUCCUCUAAAUCCUCGAUGCGGCGUGACGUCACAGGGCUGUAGUGGUGGUGGAGCCUCGUCUUGUUGACGCUCCGCCGCCGCCGCUAGACUUUUCCAGUACUGAGAAGACCCCCGGCGGGUGAGGAGCAAGCGGACGGAGGCAAGUGCUACGACCAUUUUUGCCUGAAGCAUUUCGGAACAUCGAAAAUUCUCCAUCAUGUGUGUGUCCAUCUACCGGAGGAUCAACGUUGUUUAAAAAAAAAAAAAAAGGGGGGGCGGGAAAAAGCCUGCGGAAUAAAAAAAAAAAAAAAAAAAAAGAGCUGUUACAAAAAGCCUGACGCAAAGAGACAAGAACAAUAACGGAGCCCACAGACAUGGCAGGCACCCAGACCAGUUUGAAGAGCCCCUUCAAAGGCCUGAGCUCCUUCAAGGGCAGCAUGAAGCGUCUGUACCGUGAGCGUCUAGAGGACGCGCCCAUCAAGAAGCGAGUGAUGGCCGAGAUCAACCUGAAGCGCCACGGCUUGGAGUCCUUCCACAAGGCGGCCAAGGUGAAGCGGGAGCACGCGGAGGAGGCGCACCAGCAGCUUCACCACCGCGACAUGGACGCCGAGCUCCACGCGGCCGCCUCGGCUAAAGCGCUGGACCUGAGCCCGGGGCUCAAACACACGUUGGCCCAGUUCACGCUGAGCAGCCAGAGCUCUCUGGGGGGCCCCGCCGCCUUCUCGGCGCGCACCGGCCACGAGCGUUCCCACGCCGGCAUGCCUCCGCUGCCCUCCCCUCCCAUCUUGGGAGGCGGCCCCCUGCUGGUUCCCUGCGACAGCUCCACCGAGCUCACCCACUCGCUGCUGGAGGGCGAGUCCAUCUCCUGUUUCGUGGUAGGUGGCGAGAAGCGGCUGUGCCUGCCCCAGGUGCUCAACUCGGUGCUGCGCGACUUCUCGCUGCAGCAGAUCAACACGGUGUGCGACGAGCUAUACGUGUACUGCUCACGCUGCGAUACCGAGCAGCUGCACAUCCUCAAGGUGCUGGGCAUCCUGCCCUUCAACGCGCCGUCCUGCGGCCUCAUCACACUGACGGACGCGCAGCGGCUGUGCAACGCGCUGCUGCGCCCCGGUGCCGCGGCGCCCGCCGAGCUGGGCGUCGAGCUGUCGGGCCCGCUAAAGGAGAACGAGGCCAGCUUCCAGGUGGAGCACCAGUGCCUGGGCAAGUGCCAGGGCCUUUUCCUGCCGCAGUUCUACACGCAGCCCGAGGCGCCCUGCGUCCAGUGUGUGGAGUGCCACCUGCUCUUCUCGCCGCAGAAGUUCGUCAUGCACUCGCACAAGUCGCCUGACAAGAGGACGUGCCACUGGGGCUUCGACUCAGCCAAGUGGCCUUGCUACCUGCAGCUGGCCAGGAAAUACCAGGGCUCGCCCGAGGAGGCCAAGCGCAAGCGGCUGCUGGACGAGGUCAAGGACAAGUUCCACUACCAGCUCAAGAAGUCGCUCGACAAGAAGGGGCCUGCAGGGGAUGAAGACCAGGAGAACCAGGCUUGCAAAUCCUCCACGGACCUCUGCUCCCCCGACGGCAAGUUGGCUGAAGCCGAGCCAACGGGGAAGGGUAAGACCUCUCCAACCGUGGUGUACAAUCAGCUUUUCCCGGACAUCAAGGAGGAGCCGGGACACCCCACCCUGGUCCACCCCAGCUAUUACCUGUACACGUACGAUAAGAUGGUGGCUCCCAAUGUGUCCCUGCGCAGGCAGGCGGAGAUGAGCCCCGAGAUGCUCAGCGCACUGCUCAAGCACCACUACGCCCGAGGGCCACCGCUCCAUGACGAGCCUCCGAUGGAUCUUCACGCGUCGCCUCCACUGGCUGAGGAGGCCAAAUCCCAACACGCCGCCGAGCGGGAAUGCCAAACCCAGGCAGUUUCCAUGGCGAUGAGCAGCCUGAGCGGCAAGAUAGCCGCCCGCACCCGCAGUCCUCCUCCUCUUCAUCCCGCAUCGCCGGCGCACGAGGAAGCGGGAUGUGCCGUGAACAUGACUGUGGGCGGGCUGGAGGACGACAAGGACAGGAUCGUGGUGGAGAUCAUGCAGAUGUACGGCAGGCAGCAGGAGAAACUCGACUCCACCCUGCUCAAGCAGCUGCAGCUGGAGAUGGAGCUGGAGGCGUUACGCGGCGGCGAGGCAGCUCGGCUACACGAGCUGAGCGCCGAGCAGCGGGAGCUGCGCACCGAGCUGGAGGCGGUGCACAGCGAGCAGGCGCGCCAGCUCGGCCAGGCCCGCCACGAGCAGCUGGAGCUGGAGGCUCGUCUGGAACAGCUACGGCAGCAGGCGUGCGCUUGCGAACCCGCCUCCCAGCGCCAGCAUGAGGCGCACUACGUCGCGCAGUUGUCGGAGCUUCGCCAGAGGCUGGAGCGCGCCGAGGCCGACCGGCAGGAGCUGCAGGACGAGCUGAGGCGGGAACGGGAGGCGCGCGAGAACCUGGAGCGCGCCAUCGGCCAGCUCAAGCAGCAGAUGGCGCGGUCGGGCGCCGUCGUACCCGCCGGGGGCAGCCCUUCGCCUCCCCUCACCCCGUCCACCGGACCCCCCAAUGCCCAUUCGCCGCCCUCCUCCUCCCCCUCCUUCUCGGAAGUCCCAAAGUAACCGACGCCCCUCUUCCGCUUUCAAUGUUGGACCUUUGUAAUUUAACAUCAAAGAAGAGUUUAGUCUUUUUUUUUAUUAUUAUUAUUAUUAUUAGUCUUUCUUCUGCUCUCAACAAACAGUAUUUAAAUGCUUCUUGUUUGUUUGUUUGGGAUGUGAUUUUAAGUUAUAGCCUUUUAACAGACACCACAACCACCACCAUUCGCGCUGCUUGGUUCGCCUUCCCUUCACACACCUCCUGGAUGGGCGACCGCUAAUCUCCUCUGAGAGCAAAGUGAACAUCGGUCAUCGAAAACAAAGGAGAUGCACAUUGCCCAACUCGCUUUACAAAGCCGUCCUCCCUCCGCAACACUGUGGCAACCCCCCCCCCAAAAGAAACACUGUGCUCCUUUUUCCGGUGUACUUGACUUGACUGACCGCCCCGGAGCCGUAGCCCCCUCUGGGGCAGGAAUGAACGUGAGGUGUUUUUCUUGUUUGUUUGUUUGUUUGUUUUCUCUGAAAAAAGGAAGGCAGCUUUUGAUAAUAAUACAACCAGGUCGGAGUUGACAGCAGUUACUUUGUGCCGGCUGAAGAAACAGCAGCAGGCAAGGGAGAGGAAGAGGGGCGGCCCCCUGAGUGGUGGGGCGGGGGCCCUCCAAUGCCGCACCAGCUUGGGGGGCAGACAACGCCACUUUUUAUUCAUGUUGCCAGGCAAAAACUGCUUUUUAUUGCCUCUAAAGAGAUCCCUGUAACCCAGUGUGUAGAUGGGUGAGAGUGCGUGUGUAAAUAAUGAUUUAAAUGAGGAAAGAGGAGCGGGGGGCGGUGGGGUGGGGUGCUAACCUUUUAUGCAUCUGCUACAAAUGCAAACUGAUAAGACAUUCCACUGUGCUCCAUCUCAAAGGCAGAUUAUGAAGACUGUUGCAAGUCGUCAUUGUUGCGGGAGGGGGGGUGGGAGGGGUAUCUUUAAAGAAAAUAUUUAACAUUAAACUAAACACUUCUAUUCACUUUGUACAUACACUAGCCAUUAAUAUAUUAACGCUUCAUCUUCGUCUAUGGAUAAUCUUUUAAAGGUUAUAUGAAUCGGAGCAGAAAAGGCUUCUGAGGAAAAAAAGGGUUUUGCUUGGGAUCUUUGCAAAAAUAUGCAAACUUGUCGAGUGGAUGUGGAGGAAAAUGAUAGUUAAUGUCACACUCUGCCCCGGUCUUUUUUGUGCUGGUGAAAUAAAACAACCUUUUGUGUCACUUUUUCUAUAAAAUCACCAAAGGCCAUACUAAUGGGAGAAAAAAAUCAUUUCUGUGGACAUUUGUGGCCUUUUCCGCAGAGGUUUUUAGAAUUAAUGCCAGGCUAGAUCAUCGUCAUGCUCGGGCCACAGGUGUAAUGUGAAAAUUCAUCAAUAAUGGUGUGCAUAAUUACAUUUUGGACAAAAAAAAAAAAAAAACUACAAAAUGACAAAAAAAUAUAUGAAUAUAUUUUUUUGCAUGUUUUGCUGCCCCUCACGUUUGUGUCACAUGGCCAUAUGUGGAAAAAAAAUAAUUCUCCCACCCAUAAAAUAAUAAUAAUGAGCCACUGAGGCUCAUGUGCAUGAACCUGUACAAGUUUUUUUAUAUACAUAAGGUCAGUGUGAAUGAAUGAAUGAGUGUGUGAGUGAGACUGACCGUGCAGUAGCUUGGAAACGCUGCGUUUGUACACGCUUGACGCCACUGAAUUUAUAUUCAGUAUUAGUGUUUUUUUGUUUGUUUUUUGUCUUAAUUCAGCAGAACAAGAUUAAAUUUUCUACACAAGGGGGCUGCUGUUUGAGGAUGAAGUGAAAGGGAAGCCCCCCCCCCCUUUAACUAUGGUUGACAUUUUGCAGUGUUACAAGAUAUGCUUUUGUACAGUUUGCUUUCUUUUAACACUAGUGCGAAGUUUGCCCACCACAACGGCAUUUACAUAUCCGCCGUCAGGGUUUCACACAAUGUCGCCGUAAUGCGGGAUGUAUUCUGUACAUAAAGAGAUGCUUUAAAAAAAAAAAAAAAAAAAAAAAAGACAGGAGUU